AGAGACUUUUCCAUUAUAAUAAUUUCCCACAACUGUAAGAUUGACAAAUCCAACCACCUUUUCCAUUGUAUUUACUUCCAUAAGUAGUGAGACAUUAAAUGCCAUUGACUCAGUAAGACUUAGUAACGAUUCGUUACAAAUGUAUAAAAAGCUUUACCUGCACAAGUUCUUCACAAACCAAAACAAUCCUUUAGCCUUUGAGAUGGAUCCCAGAAUACUUUAUUUCCUUCCUCUCAUAGAUCUUUUCACAAUUACUUUUGCUUCCACUGAGGAAGCAACUGCUCUUCUAAAAUGGAAAGCAACUUUCCAAAACCAGAAUAAUUCCUUAUUGGCGUCUUGGACACUAAGUCGUCCUGCUGCUGCCAAGAAUUCUUCCAGCCAUGAUCCAUGCGGGGACUGGUAUGGAGUUAAAUGCUUUAAUGGUCGGAUAAACAGGUUGAAUAUUACAAAUUCUGGUGUCAUUGGUACACUCCAUGAUUUUCCAUUUUCAUCUCUACCUUUUCUUGAAUAUAUUGAUCUUAGCAUGAACAGCCUUUCUGGUCCCAUUCCUGCAGAAAUAGGGAAACUUACCAACCUUGUCGAAGUUGUUCUUGAUACAAACCAGUUAACAGGUCAUAUUCCUCUGGAAAUAGGCAACUUGAUCAAUGUAAAAUUGUUCAGUGCUUUCUCCAAUGAAUUGUCUGGCUCCAUUCCUAUUGAAAUAGGGAAGAUGAAGUCACUUGAGAGUUUAAGCUUACACAGAAACAAUCUUUCUGGUUCAAUUCCAAAAGCUUUAGGUGAAUUAACUGAGCUCAAAAUUGUGUACCUUUAUGUUAACCAAAUUUCUGGUCCCAUUCCUGCAGAAAUAGGGAAACUUGUCAAUCUUGUUGAGGUUGAUCUUGAUACAAACCAGUUAACAGGUCACAUUCCUUCGGAAAUAGGCAACUUGAUUAAUGUAAAUUUGUUCUAUGCUUACUCCAAUAAAUUGUCUGGUCCUAUUCCUGCAGAAAUAGGUAAGAUGAAGUCACUUGUGGAGUUAAUAUUAAACACAAAUAAUCUUUCUGGUCCAAUUCCAAAAGCUUUAGGUGACUUAACUGAACUCACAAUUUUGUACCUUUAUUCAAACCAACUUUCUGGUCCCAUUCCUGCAGAAAUAGGGAAGAUGAAGUCACUUGAGAAGUUAAGCUUACAGAGAAACAAUCUUUCUGGUCUAAUUCCAAAAGCUUUAGGUAACUUAACUGAGCUAACAAUUCUGCACCUUUAUGAAAACCAACUUUCUGGCCCCAUUCCUGCAGAAAUAGGGAAACUUGUCAAUCUUCUUGAAGUUGAUCUUGAUACAAACCAGUUAACAAGUCAUAUUCCUCCGGAAAUAGGCAACUUGAUUAAUGCAAAAUGGUUCUAUGCUUACUCCAAUAAAUUGUCUGGUCACAUUCCUGCAGAAUUUGGGAAAAUGAAGUCACUUGUGGAUUUAAGCUUACACGACAACAACCUUUCUGGCCCAAUUCCAAAAGCUUUAGGUGACUUAACAGAGCUCACAAUUCUGUACCUUAAUGCAAACCAACUUUCUGGCCCCAUUCCUUUAGAAAUAGGAAAACUUUCGAACCUUGUCGAAGUUGAUUUGAAUACAAACCAGCUAACAGGUCAUAUUCCUCCGGAAAUAGGCAACUUGAUUAAUGUAAAUUUGUUCUAUGCUUACUCCAAUAAAUUAUCUGGUCCUAUUCCUGCAGAAAUAGGGAAGAUGAAGUCACUUGUGGAGUUAAUAUUAAACACAAAUAAUCUUUCUGGUCCAAUUCCAAAAGCUUUGGUUGACUUAACUGAGCUCACAACUUUGCGCCUUUUUGAAAACCAACUCUCUGGUUCCAUUCCUGUAGAAAUAGGGAAACUUACCAACCUUGUCGAAGUUAGUCUUGGUACAAACCAGUUAACAGGUCACAUUCCUUCCGAAAUAGGCAACUUGAUUAAUGCCAAAUUUUUCUAUGCUUUCGAAAAUGAUUUGUCUGGUCCCAUUCCUGCAGAAAUAGGGAAGAUGAAGUCACUUGAGACUUUAAACAUACAGAGAAACAGUCUUUCUGGUCCCAUUCCUAGUGAGUUGGGGAAUCUCAAUAACCUCAAUGAUCUGGUUUUAUCUCAAAAUCAACUUACAGGUUCAGUUCCUACUAUAUUUGGAAAUUUGGGAAACUUGCAGACACUGCAUCUCCAUACCAACAAACUUUCAGGUUCCAUUCCAAAAGAACUUGCAUAUUUGGAUAACUUGCAAGUGCUAACAAUGACGGAAAAUCAGUUUUCAGGCCAUUUGCCGGACCGGCUUUGUCAAGGUGGGAAACUUGAGAACUUCACGGUGGCUAACAACAAGCUGACAGGGCCAAUACCAAUAAGCUUAAGAAACUGCUCGAGUUUUAAAUGGGUUCGAUUUAAUAGCAACAGUUUCAUUGGAAAUUUAUCCCAAGCUUUUGGAAUCUAUCCGGAGCUUCUGUUCAUUGAUUUGAGCGACAAUGAUUUUCAUGGUGAGCUCGGCAGCAACUGGGGAAAAUGCAAAAAAUUGAUUAAUCUGCAGGUAGCCAGAAAUAACAUUAGUGGUAGCGUACCACCAGAGAUUGGAAACGUCAAAGGGCUUCUUGGACUAGAUCUUUCAUCGAAUCAUUUGAUUGGGCAGAUUCCAAAGGAAUUUGGAAAAUUAACCUCUCUGGUUAAACUUUCUGUGCAAAAUAACAAUAUUUCUGGUAAUAUACCUGAGGAACUUGGGUCACUGACAAAGUUAGAGUACCUCAAUCUAUCAGACAACAGAUUGAAUGGAUCAAUCCCAACGUGUAUAGGAGAUUUCAUGCACUUGUUUCAGUUGAACCUGAGCAACAACAAGUUUGGCCAGAGAAUCCCAAUGGAGAUAGGGAGGAUAAGUCAGCUUAAUGUACUUGAUUUGAGCUAUAAUCUUCUGGUUGGAGAUAUUCCCCCUCAGUUGGCCAAUUUGAAGGUCUUGGUAAACUUAAAUCUUUCCCACAAUGGCCUAUCUGGGCGCAUUCCUAAAGAACUUGAAAGUUUAACUGGUUUGCUGGAUGUUGUAUUAUCAUACAAUGAGUUGGAAGGUCCAAUCCCUACUAAUAAAGCGUUUAUGAAUAUUUCUUUAGAAGGUAAUAAAGAUCUCUGCGGCAAUGUAACAGGAUUCCAGCCCUGCAAAAACCCAUCUUCUGUGGUGAAAAAGCACUCAAUAGCAAAGGGACGUAAACUCAUCCUCAUCACUGUACUUCCUGUUAUGGGAGCACUAGUACUGCUCUGUGUUUUCAUUGGUGUUCUCUUUAUGUGUAAUAAAAGAAGGAGAGUUAGAGACGUUGAAAGAAGGGAUGGUGAUGGUUGGCUUUCGUUAUCCAUGUUAGAUGGAAAGACACUGUACAGGGACAUCUUAAACGCCACAGAAGAGUUUGAUGCAAAAUUUUGCAUUGGCCAAGGAGGACAUGGAAGCGUUUACAAGGUAAACCUUCCAUCAUUAGGGAAUAUAGCUGUGAAGAGACUUCAUUCUUCAUUUCAGAUUACACAUCCCAAAAGCUUCAUGAAUGAAGUAAGGGCAUUGACUGGGAUUAAGCACCGGAACAUUGUGAACCUCUAUGGCUAUUGUUCGAAAGCACAACACUCGCUGUUGGUUUAUGAGUACGUGGAGAGGGGAAGUUUGUCUAGUAUUUUGAGCAAUGAAGUUGAGUCCAAGAAAUUGGAUUGGCUUAAAAGGGUGAAUAUCAUCAAAGGUGUUGCUUUUGCUUUAUCUUACAUGCACCAGGAUUGCUCACCACCAAUUGUUCAUCGAGACAUAUCAAGCAGUAAUAUUUUGCUUGAUUCUGAGUAUGAAGCUCGUGUUUCAGAUUUUGGCAUAGCGAAGCUUCUCAAACCAAACUCAUCCAAUUGCACUGCACUUGCAGGAACAUAUGGCUAUGUUGCACCUGAGCUUGCAUAUACAAUGAAGGUUACGGAAAUGUGUGAUGUCUAUAGCUUUGGAGUAUUAGCAUUGGAGAUAAUCAAUGGAAAGCAUCUUGGGGAAUAUAUUACUGUGCUAGCAAAUUCAUCGUCUAUAGAUCAUGUGCAGCUUAGUGAUUUGCUAGAUGAACGUCUUCCAUAUCCUGAAGAUAAAGUAAAAGAUGUUUUGGUUAUAAUCAUCAAGCUAGCAAGCUCUUGUUUGGCUGAAACUCCAAAAUCAAGGCCAACAAUGCACUUCAUCUGUCAUCGGUUAUCUUCAAUGGAUCCACAUCCACCUACUCAUGUAAAGCGAGCUUUGUAAUACCUGAUGUGCAAGCUUAUCUGGUUUAUUGUUUCUUGUGCCAAAAAGUAAUGAAAACAGGCUUCAUGUUUGCUAAGUACUGAUUUCAAGGAAUUGCUUUGCAUAAUAUUUAUAGUUCAUGCUUUGCCAAGUUGUAUUCCUCUGGAGCCAGAAAAUGUCAGAACAGGGGAAUUAGGGCUAUGGUUACUUGCUCUACUGUGUGUUUGGUUAUUGGCCUGUAACUGUCCCUUGCAAAGAUGAAACUUUUUUUCGAGGGUCACCCAGCCAGGUUCUGUCUGGUACUCGUAACUCCUAGCAUUGGUUAUUUGACAAAUCUUCAGAUUAUACGUCACAACAAAGAACAGAUGUUUCACUUCUUCUUGGGCCCGCGAAGAUGAUAUCUUGUCUACUAUUUCAACCAAGGCGGUUAAGAAAAUAAUUUUGAGACGUGAAGUUUUUUUUUUUUUUUUUUUUAGAUAAUGCAUAAAUAUCUCUAAAUUAUGAUUGAAAUCUAAGCAACACACGUUAAUUUAACUAGGGUCCUAUUACCCCGAACUCAUUUUUUUGUAUUUUCGUCCACAUUUUGUGCUGACGUGGCACCUUCAACCAAAUAAGUUGGUUGUGUUUGUACACACUCGCUAU